AUGCCACCGGUGCCCGAGAACAACAACACUACGACCACCGAAGCAAUCAAUUUCGAGCCCGCGCCCCUUCCGGUUCCGGGUAGGUUUCGCCGCGCCAGCACAGCCGCGCAAUCGGUUUUAGGCUUGCAACGCCGCGCCGACCGCCCGACCACCGCGCAAACGGUUCCAGAGAACGAGUACGACUCGCGCAUCGUCGACCUUCUAGACGUGCUUGACCCCGAAAUCUCGACUCUAUCUUCCUUGACCAACGUGCAGAAUUCCCUUUUCAUUCCUGACUUGGGCAGGCUGCUUAACCGCCAGCCAACUUAUGCCUUGUCGCGGUACCAGCCAAAUGCAGAUGACCGGAAAAAAGCUGCUAGCGCAACAGCCGUGGGUGAGACUAAAGAUGAACCUUUCAUUACUACAGCCACAGCCACAGCCACAGCUCCACAAGACACAUCAGGUCAGCAAGAGGAAGACCUCAGACCUGCAGGAGAGCGGGCUUUUAGCAUUUCUUCAGAUCUGAGCGAGUCUCGUCAUGCUGUCCUUCCCCACGGUGUUUCGUUGGAAGGCUGGAGUGAAGCAGACAAAGCAGAGCUCGACGACCACGUCCGGCAUAUGCUCCACUCACGUAGGUCAAAGUUUAAGCGCGGCCUCAAGGGGUUCGGAAAAUACGUCAGCAGGCCUUUAGGUUUCUUCGUCACUCUGUACGCCACCCUUAUCACCUUGUUCGGCCUGGCAUGGGUACUCUUCCUAAUCGGAUGGAUAAAUGUCGGUGGCCGCCAAUACUACAUUAUCAACGUCAUCGAUAAUGUCCUGGUCGCCCUGUUUGCAAUCAUGGGCGAUGGCCUGGCACCAUUCCGCGCUGUCGACACAUACCACAUGAUCUUCAUCGCCCACUACCACCAUCUUACCUGGCGACUGAGGAAGGAGCGUGAGCUUCCCAAGCUUCAGAACAAAAAUGACCUUCCCACUCAGCCGGCAACUCAAGAAGACGUUGAAUCUGCAAGAAUUGAGAAAGAAGAAUUAAGUGUACUCAACCCGAAACAACAAGCCCGCUUGGUUCAUCACCAGACAAAAUUCGCAAAAUCACACACUUUCUACAAACCCCACGAAACAGAGACGCACUUUGCCUUUCCGCUUAGGCUUCUUGUUGCGAUUGUCGUCCUCCUGGAUUUUCACUCUAUAUUCCAGAUAGCUCUUGGAGCCUGCACUUGGGGCAUCGACUACAAGGUUCGACCGCAAGCAUUGACUGCCGUCAUCCUUUGUUGCUCUAUCACUGUCAACAUUACCGCCGGAGUUAUCAUUUCCAUCGGAGACAGGAUAACCCGCAAAAAGGAUGUGAUUGAGAGAAUGUCCAGACAGGAGCUUACGGAAGAGGCCAUGCGCAAGAUAGAAAAGAGGCACGAAAAACACGAGGAACAAUAUGGCAAAGCUGCAGAGGAUGGAGGUGCUACUUCUCAACCAAGAAAGUCCGAAGCCGAAGGAGAACCCCGAGCCGAAGGAGAGCAAGCCGAUGUUAUUAAAGCCGAUAAUGCCCAUUGA